CAGUUAAACAGCAUAAAUAGAGAAUGAAUCUCACCAAUUUCACUCCAUUUUGCCUCUGUUUGCAGAUUGACUUUGGUGGGACAAUAAAACCUAAAUGGAGGGACAUCAUCAUCAGUUGUAGAGAACUAUUUGAAUAAAUGUGAAAUAAUCACUUUGAACCAGAAACAUGAGCAAGAACGCUAUCUACAAGAACCACGAGCUCCGAAACGGGGACUUCCUGGAAUCCAACAAUGGGAAAUUCAGGGCUUAUUUCCAGGACGAUGGUAACUUUGUCAUCUACACCUGGAAACCGACCUGGGCUUCAGACACCGAUAAAACGGACGCCACCCGGCUGAUCUUGCAGGAAGACUGCAACCUGGUCAUGUACAAUAAGGAUCACAAGCCCAGAUGGCAGAGCAACUCCUCCUCCCAAGGCUGCACCUCCUGCCGCCUUCAGCUGAAUGAUGACGGUCAUAUGGUGUUGAGCAAAGAUGGCAUCCCCCUCUGGACCUCUGCCAACUCUAAAGGCAUGAAGUGAAUUUGGCUGUCAGCUUGUUUUACACAUAAACCAGCCUCUUAAAGAUUCAAUAAAUGCAGAUUUUAAAAAUGCA